AAUAAUGGUCAUCCGACACCGCGAAUCAAAGACUACGAGCAGUUCGGACGAGGCUUACAGGCUGUCGCCAACGAGGACGGACGAGUGGUGUACCAAGCGGGCGAGCUCAUAGGUUUCCUUAUGGGCGAAAUCGUCCCUCUUGACACGUUUGAUGACCUUCAGACGAUGAGCUUCGUAAGGCCGGAUUUGCGCGAGCAACCUAUUGUUUGUCAACUACACUGUGGCACGUCGAGCAAUAUCUUCAGGCUGCUCAGCCAUUCCUGCCGGCCGUCGGCACAAUUUGCACAGGUGAAAGCAAGUGGGCAAUAUGUGAUGACUGUCAGAGCAAUUCGUGAGAUUCCUGACGGUGCACAGAUCACGGUUUUCUACGGGAGCGGAUGGAAGACCAGGGCGUGUCUUUGUGAGACAUGUCGAGGCCGAGACGUUUAAUAUCCAUGCACGGAACAGUGUCUUAUGGCUGAUGUGGUUGGUAUACCAACAAAUACCUCCAUAUGUGUUUAAUGACCAAUGAUAGCAGUACUUGAGAUGACUUGGUGAUGGUUGAGUUC